AUGACUGUUAAUUAUUUGAAAAAAAAAAUACCUUAUGAGGCAUGCUCUGAGGAUAACUCGAAAUCUUCUUUUGUGACGUGGGUUGAAACAUUCAGCGAUUUUGAAAAAUUACAAAGAAUUUUUGCCAAUCUUCUUGGAUUUCAAAGAAGCGUUAAGUCUAUGACUGAAAGAUUAGACGAAGCACUAGUGCGUAUAUUCUACUGUGUGCAACAACAUUAUUUCAAAGAAGAAAUUGAGCUGCUAUUGAAGAAUAGAGAAUUGCCAGCAAACAGUAAAUAUAAAAAUCUGAGCAUUUUUGUAAAAGAUACUUAUGGUGUUCCGCUACUACGUGUUGGUGGGAGAUCAGCGAAGGCUGCAUUACCAUAUGAUGCUAAACAUCAAAUUUUGUUACCGAAUAACUCAGAAAUCGUUUGCAGUUUUGUACGAUUUCUUCAUUUCAAAUAUUUGCAUGCUGGUACGCAAGCGCUUAUGGCUAUAGUUAGGCAGCGAGUUUGGAUAUUUCAUGCUAGAGGAGUAAUACGCAAAAUUACUGGUAUUUGUCCACAAUGCUUUAGAUGCCAUCCAAAAUUGAGUAAUCAGAUUAUGGGCGAUUUACCCCCUUCUAGAGUCACCGUAGCGAGGCCAUUCACUGUGACUGGAGUGGACUUUUGCGGCCCUAUUACAACAACGUAUCUACUUCGUGGGUACAGAACAACAAAAAGCUAUAUUGCUGUUUUUAUUUGUUUUGCCACAAAAGCUGUGCAUAUGGAGGUGGUCUCUGAUUUGACUGCAAAGGCUUUCCUGGCUUCAUUAAAAAGAUUUGUAGCUCGACGCGGCUUAUGCUUAAAAUUAUUUUGCGACAAUGCCACUAAUUUUGUGGGUACUCGUAAAGAGCUCGAGGAAAUGAAAUGCAAGUUUUUUGAUCAACAAGUACAGGGCAAGAUUUCAAAAUAUUGUACUGCCAAUAGUAUUGAAUUUCAUCAGAUACCACCCAGAUCUCCCUACUUUGGUGGACUAUGGGAAGCGGCUAUAAAAUCAGCAAAAUAUCAUUUGGCUAGAAUAUUGGGUCAAUCGCAUAUUACAUUUGAAGAGCUGGCAACAGUGAUUGCGGAAGUAGAGGCAGUUUUAAAUUCAAGACCUUUGACAACCUUGUCUAACGACCCAAAUGAUGAAAGCGUUCUUACUGUGGAACCUACUGUGGAUAGCGAAGAAUGGUCUCAUAAAGAUAGAUGGCUACGAAUUUCGGAAAUACAACAACAAUUUUGGAGAAGGUGGUCGGCGGAGUAUCUUCAUGAACUUCAACAGAAAGUCAAAUGGACUAAGAAGCAGAAGAACCUUAAUGAAGGUGAUAUGGUGUUAAUUGCAGAAGAAAAUUUGCCUUCUAAGCAAUGGUUUAUUGGGAGAGUACUGAAAGUGACAAGAGAUGAUAAAGGUUGGGUUCGAGUUGCUGAUGUAAAAACAAAGAAUGGAGAGGUUCGCCGAGCAAUCCAUAAAUUGGCACCUAUUCCAUCUGAAUGUUGA